CACGCUUAAUACGAAAACUUACAGACUUAAGAAUGUAAGGUUCGUAAUCGUUUGAUCAAUUUUAUAGGUAUUGGAUUUAGUAUGAUGUACUUACCGUCAAUCGUAAUGAUCGGUAUAUACUUCGAAAGACGACGUGCCUUGGCCAUGGGACUGGCUGUUUGUGGAGCAGGAGUGGGCAACUUUGUAUUUGCUCCUCUUGGCAAAUUUCUUUUGGAAGAAUACGGCUGGCGUGGAACAAUGUGGGUUAUUUCUGCUAUCAUGCUAAACUGUAUUAUUGCCUCCUCUACCUACAGACCACUGGGAACUGAGCAAAACAUCAGACAACCUUAUCAAACUAAUAGUCGCCAAUACGAUAAAGAAGCUGAAAGGAAUUCCGAUAUGUGCUUUCAACACGUAUUGUCUUCAAUCAAAGACAUGUUUGACUUUUCGCUUUUUCAAAGUCCAACUAUGCUGAUUUAUGCGACAUCGUGUUUUGUCGCUAUGCUUGGUAUGUAUAUGUAUCAGUACGAACAGACACGUUUUUUUAAUCUUAAACUCCAGUAUCUAAUUGACCCCCUCCUCCCAAUUUAAGUCAAAGCACUUUUAUAACACAGAUCGAGAGAUGGAUAAGGGGGUAAAAAUGUAAUGUUUAUGAAUACAAACCUACGGUUACUAUGAUUCCGUGUUAACUAGACAAAGAUCAUUAACAGCAUGCAGUAACAUAUAUGCACCUGAUAAUUAUGACAUGUAAAGAAAGAAUGUCAAUGUUUUAAAAUAACUGUACUACUCUUUAUAAAACUGUUCCUUAUAUAAUUAUUUACGAUUUGUUGCAGGAUUUUACAUUCCGUUUAAUUUUCUGCCUGUUUUCGCUAGCGAUCUCAAUAUGUCUGCCAAUCAGGGUACAUUCCUGAUUUCAUUGAUCGGUAUAUCUAACACUGUUACACGUGUUCUGGUUGGCUACGUGACGGACAAACCAUGGGCUAACACUCUGAUAAUCAUCAAUUCUGCCCAGUUGAUAGGUGGAGUAUUUACUUGUUUUGUACCAUUCUACACUAGUUUUGUUGCCCUUGCAAUCUACGCAGUCUUGUUUGGAGCAGUUAUUGCGGUGUUUGCCUGUCUGAGAAGCAUACUUAUUGCCGAGCUAUUUGGGGUUCACAAACUCAGCAGUUCAUAUGGCAUUCUGGGCCUAAGCAUGGGAUUAUCUACAUUUGUUGGGUCUCCCAUUGCAGGAGCAUUGUCUGACAUGAGUGGAAAUUAUAGCCAAGCAUUUUACUUUAGCGGUGUCUCUCUUGUACUGGGGGGUUUAAUUUGCCUUCCACUCAGACGAAUUUCAGAGUGGGAGAAUAAUAGAAGGAUCGACAUCAACUUAUCUGAUAAAUAUGGUGAUGAUCCAGAAGAGGACACAAAAACUGAAGAUCUAUUAUCUACAAAAAGGAGGUCAUCUGUAAACACCAUACAGGAAGACUGAUAUUUACUGGUCACAUGAGGGGUAUGUUGUCGUAGUCGAUGGUGAAUGUUAUUCGUUGUCCGUCAUCCAUUGUUCUUGAAAUUGAAGAUUUCAGUGUGAUACUGGAAAGUGGUGAUGCAAAGUGGAGGAUUAAUAAUCAAAUAAAUGCAUAAUUACAAGCUGGAUGUUAUAAUGUAUACAAACUUGAUCUUCGAUGUUCGUGGCAAGGUAAUGUCCUUCCUGCAUGCGCGAGUUUCAAACCUGGUAUCAUCGUUGACGUGAUGGGAGUGAAUUGUCGACAUGACGUCAUUCCAUCCAUCGUUGCAGUGACGUCAUUCAACUGUUGUGAAUAUAUAGGUAUUGUAAUAUGUGAUUAUAUUUUGUUUCCAUAUGCGCACUCCACUUCAGUAUUCAAUGUUGUGUUACAUUAAUCACUUCAUCAUAAAAAUGGCGUCAUGUUCAUUGAACGCAAACCAAUCCCAAUUGAUGUGUAAUUCAUAUACAAAUGUAUACAAAACAAAAUAUUGUUUCUGGUUGAACAAUAUGAUGUAAUUCCAUAUCAAGAGAAGCUGUGACCAGCCGACAAGGUAUUUAAAAAUUCAACAGAAAUUCCUACAGAAUCCUAAGUACAAUAUAAAACAUUUUCAACUAGAACUGUAAGCUGAUGGAUAAAUAACACCCUUUUCGCGUCAUUUGUAUAUACUUGUAUGACUUAUAGAUACAAUAUGCUCAAAGAAAGAUUUCAUUUUUUUUUUUUUUUUUUUUUUUGUAAAUAUGAAGAAAACCUAUUGCUUGCCCAAAAAUGUGAUUGCUACCUUCGCAGUUUUCUUUUCACAAAUGCGAUCUUUACAGUUUGAGAAACAAUCAUAAUCACACAUUCUGCCAUACAUUGUUGGGCUGCAAUCUGAUAUGAACAUUUAGAUUAGAUAAGUCCACGAUGUGACAUUGAAACAUAUCUCAUCGAGUUGACCAGAGGAGGAAUAUUCAAAUUUGAAGCGUAGGAAGACAUUGUUUCGUUUCUGUUUCGACUUGUUUUACACAAUAUAAUAUUAAUGGAAUAUGGUAGAAUUAACUCAAAUAUAACGAUGAAAUGAGAAUAUGUUUGAAGUAUCUCACCUGAAUCGAAUAAAAAGACGAUGUUAAUGUGGAACUAUUUUUUGUUUAUUCUUGUAUUUGACAACCUUUCCCGCCAAACUGGAAACAGCGAUUCAAUUAAUUGUCUGAUUAAUUUAUCUGCCUUCAAUGGCAUCAUAUCUCUAAAUAUAAUAUAUUUAACAUGUUUAUCAUAAUAAUGUAUUAAAUAGAAUAUGCGCCAACAUGUAUCAUGUACAUACUGGUACUGACACAGUUGGGACAUGGAUUAAGAUUUUGAAUUAUGAUUUUCAUUAUUACCUAAUUUUUCUGGUUUAAACUUUGUAUUAAACAUACCAUAUCCAUGCUCUUUUGACUUACCGUCACCUGUAUAUAUUUUGCUAUU